AUGGAUGAAGCAAUGAUGAAGAAAAGAAAAAGAAAAGUCACUCAUACAUCUUCUUCGCAAGCAAAUAUCGAUAUGGAACAGUUUGUCACAAACCAAACGGACGUUUCUUUCAGGCUAACUAAACAAGUUUUCUCCAAAGAAGUUAAAGGUGUUUCGAAUCUGGUGUUCUCUCCUCUGUCAAUUCAAAUAAUUCUUGGUUUAAUCGCCUCCGGCUCAAACGAACCAACUAAGGACCAGCUACUCUGUUUUCUCAAGUCCAAAUCCAUUGAUGAACUUAAUUCUCUGUAUUCUCAUAUUGUCAACAACGUUUUUGCUGAUGGAAGCCCCAAUGGUGGUCCCAUUUUGUCCAUUGCUAAUGGUGCUUGGAUCGACCGAUCAAUGCCUUUUAAGCCUUCUUUUAAGGAGAUUGUGAAGAAGGUUUACAAGGCUACUUCAAAAUCUGUUGAUUUUCAGAACAAGCCUGCUAAGGUUGUCAAUAAAGUCAAUCGAUGGGCUAAAAAGAAUACAAAUGGACUCAUCGAAGAGAUCCUUCCUCAUGGCGCAGUAGACAAUAUGACAAGGCUCAUCUUGGCCAAUGCACUCUAUUUUAAAGGAGUAUGGGAUGAGAAGUUCAAUGCUUCUAAAACGAAAGACCAUAAAUUCCAUCUCGUCAAUGGAAGGUCUGUUCGAGCACCCUUCAUGACUAGCUGGAAGAAGCAAUACAUUAGAGUCUUCAAGGGCUUUAAAGUAUUGCUGCUUCCCUAUAAAAGGGGCAUAGACACACAUCAGAAGUUAAGCAUGUAUUUUAUUCUCCCUGAUGCACAUGACGGAUUACCAGAUUUACUCGACAAAAUCACUUCAAAACCUGGAUUCUUAGAUCACCACAUUCCGUCUAGAAAAGUCAGUGUGGGAAAGUUUCUUAUCCCUAAGUUCAAAAUAUCUUUUGGAUUUGAAGCUUCUAAGGUUCUAAAGGGACUCGGCCUCACAUUACCUUUUAUUGAUGGUCUCACUGAGAUGGUGGACGCGGAUGAGCCUCUGGCAGUUUCACAAGUUUUUCACAAGUCGUUUAUUGAAGUAAACGAGGAAGGUACAGAAGCUGCAGCUGUUACUGCUAUGACCGGUUGCUCAAUGAUGAUGGUUAAAGAGGAGAUAGACUUUGUUGCUGAUCAUCCAUUCUUGUUCCUGGUGAAAGAUGAGACUACCGGUGCUGUUCUGUUCAUGGGGACUCUGUUGAAUCCUCUUGCUGUUUAG